UCCGUCCUCUGUUGAAGCGGGUCGUCGGCGGCGAGCUGGAGAACCCAUCGCUGUCUGCGGGACAAAUUGAUCAGGUUCUCAUCGGUGAGCAUUGAGACCGGUCAUCAGGGUGAACGCGACCAACAAUUUCCCAUCGUUAGACCUGUGUUGAGAGAUUUAUUGGAAGGAAAACCCACGACUGGAAGAAAUCACAACUGACGACGAGGGAACAGCAACAAGUGAACCAGUUCGAGAACUGAGGGCACCAACUGGAGAGAAACCGUCUGAAUCAGAGUUUCCAUUGACUCACUCAGGAGAAAGUUUGCUCAGAGCAUCACCAGAAGGUGGCGCUGUCCAGCACCGGGAUCAGAGUGUAAACAAGACGACGACAAUCAGCAACCGUCUGUCAGAAUCGGAAUGGCUACAGGUGGGAAAUUAAAUCGGGUACAGAAAGUACUCAAGAGGCUUUUACCAGGCAACUCAUCGAGGGAAGAUGAUCGGGACACGGGAAGCAAGGUUCCAAAGCAGGGUCAGAUUGAGAGCAAUGUCCCAAUGGAAUGCGGUCCGGCCGCAGAGGAGGAGAAGCAAAUUCAGCCCAGAGACAGUGACGUCAGAGACACUGAGCAGGACCCUGGAACCGGCACAAGUGAGGCGACUGCCUGUCAGCUCGGAAACUCAUUAAACACGGAAUUGUCGAGUGCCCAACAGGGAGUGGAGCCAGAGUUUACAAUCUCUGACCUCCUGGAAGAGGGGGGCGAGUAUCGACUGUACCAACUGACCAAGUUCUACAGGGACAGACUUAAACUUGCAAUUGAAGAGAAAGUUGAAAGACUCGGUUGGAUGUUGACAAAGGAUGGACAUUUCAGUCGAGAAGAAAAUGAGAAAGUCACUGAACUGACAGAGAAGGGAAACCGGACAGAGAGUUCCAGACUCUUCCUCAGUUUGGUGAAUGGCAAAGGCUCCCGGGCCCGACGGGCGAUGUGGGAAUCCUUUGUGAUGUGGAGGACUGAGUUACCGAAGCUGGACAGGAUACUGAGGGAGAUACAGGAGCUCGGUCCUGACCCAGAGGAAUACAUGAACAUCGCACAAGGGUUGUCUGAGUUACCCACUGAACUGACAGAUGUUCAACAGAAACACAAGGAGACUCUGCGGGCACAAACUGAAACACUGAGAGUGAACACGAUCCUGAUGAGGGAGAAGGUGAAGGUUUUCCAGCUGGUUGAUCGAUACACAAAGCUCACGGUCAUUUCUACUCUUCGAGAUCGGAGACUGGUGGAACACGAGCUGCUGGCAAGAGGCAGAGACCACGAGGAGUGGAGAGAGGAACAUCUCCGCAGAGAGCUGGAAAAAAUCCGGACUGAUCAGUUGUUCCAGAGCAGCUUUUCCCGGAGUAAAUCCAAAUCUGGGAGUUCGGCAGCAGUGGCCGGAGUCCCAGGGAUCGGGAAAACAACAAUGGUACAAAAGAUUGUUUAUGAUUGGGCCACGGGAAAAAUUUACCAACAGUUCCAGUUCGUCUUCAGUUUCAAGUUCCGAGAUUUAAACACGAUCAAUUGUACAAUCAAUCUCUCGAACCUGGUGCUGUGUUUCUAUCCUUACCUUGGGAAUGUCCUGAAAUCACUGUGGAAGAACCCAGAGGGAAUGCUGUUUAUAUUUGAUGGCUUGGAUGAAUUCAACGACACAAUUGAUUUUGCUGACAGCCGGAGAAACAUAGACCCUCAGGCCUCAUGCACAGAUCCUGAAUUCCGGUGCAAGGUGUCUGACAUUGUGUACAGUUUAAUCCAGGGCAAGCUGCUCCCAGGGUGUUCAGUGCUGGUGACCACACGCCCCUCUGUGUUACAUUUAUUGGAAAAAGCGAAGAUCGGUGUCCGGGCUGAAAUCCUGGGAUUUGUUGGUGAGGAACGGAAGGAAUAUUUCAGCAAACAUUUUGAAGAUCAGAUGGUGGCAGCAGCUCUUUUCAAACACGUGCAGGAGAAUGAGAUCCUGUACACUAUGAGCUACAACCCCUCCUACUGCUGGAUCCUCGCUCUGGCACUGGGCCCCUUCUUCACACAAAGAGUCAGGGACCCGCAGAGAGUUCCCAAGACCAUCACCCAACUGUACUCCUACUAUAUUUACAAUAUCCUAAAAAAUCACGGCCGUGAGAUUGAGAGACCCCGUGAUGUGUUUCUCAGGGUGGGUCAGAUGGCCUACAGAGGAGUGUCCGAGAAGAAGAUUGUGUUUGCAGACGGAGAUUUGAUCAAGUUCAAUCUGCAGCCUUCCCAGUUCCUGUCCGGGUUCCUGAUGGAGCUUUUGGAGAGAGAGGAUUCUGCCCACAGUGUGGUGUACACAUUCCCACACCUCACCAUCCAAGAGUUUGUAGCUGCAGUCGCACAAUUCCUGACUGUACAUCCCGAGGAUAUCCUGAAAUUCCUCACUGAAGCCCACAACACAACAGAUGGGCGAUUUGAGGUCUUUCUCCGAUUUGUUGCUGGUCUCUCCAACCCAAUGACAGCUCGGGGCCUGGAGGAGUUUCUGGGUCCAUUUCCUCAUCAAACAACCUGCCGGGUGAUUGACUGGGUGAAGGAGGAGGUUAAAGGCCAGAGUGGAAACACUGAUGACAUUGGGAGAAGGAGACUCCUGAACACAUUGCACUACCUGUUUGAGUCUCAGAAUCGUGGACUGGCUCAGGCCGCACUGGGAUCUCUGAAAACACUUUCAUUCCGUGGAAUGACACUGACCCCGGUUGACUGCGCGGUCCUGUCUCAUGCAAUCGGACUCUGUGAUACUAUAAAAGAACUCGACCUGCAGGGCUGCCACAUUCAGUGUGAAGGAAUCCAGCGGCUGGGACCCGGGCUGAACAAGUGCCAGGAGUUGAGACUUGGGGAGAAUGACCUGGGAGAUUCAGGAGUGAAACUGGUGUUGUCGGCUCUGAGGAACCCGGAGUGUAAAAUACAGAAACUGUGGCUGACCCGUGUCGGACUCACAGAUUCUGGGGCCGAGGAUCUCGUCUCCUUUCUGAGUACAAAACCAUCCUUGACGGAGCUGGACCUGAAUUAUUAUGAACCGGGAUAUUCAGGAGCGAAGCUGGUGUUUUUGGCUCUGGGGAACCCGGAGUGUAAAAUGCAGAAACUGGAGCUGGAGAGAGUCGGUCUCACAGAUUCUGGUGCCGAGGAUCUCGUCUCCGCUCUCAGAACAAAUCGAUCACUGACGGAGCUGUACCUGAGUGUUGAUGAACUGGGAGAUUCAAAACUGAGACUUGUAUCUGCGGCUCUGAGGAACCCGGAGUGUAAAAUACAGAAACUGCGGCUGGGGGAUGUCGGUCUCACAGAUUCUGGGGCCGAGGAACUCGCCUCCGCUCUCAGUACAAACCCAUCACUGACGGAGCUGAACCUGACUGGUAAUAAACUGGGAGACUCAGGAGUGAAACUGGUGUUGUCGGCUCUGAGGAACCCGGAGUGUAAAAUACAGAAACUGCGGCUGGGGUAUGUCGGUCUCACAGAUUCCGGUGCCGAGGAUCUCGUCUCCGCUCUCAGUACAAAACCAUCACUGACGGAGCUGCACCUGAGUGUUAAUGACCUGGGAGAUUCAGGAGUGAAACUGGUGUUGUCGGCUCUGAGGAACGCGGAGUGUAAAAUACAGAAACUGUGGAUGGGGGGUGUCGGUCUCACAGAUUCUGGUGCUGAGGAUCUCGUCUCCGCUCUCAGUACAAAACCAUCACUGACGGAGCUGAACCUGGGAUUCAACUCUCUGACAGACCGAUCUGUCCCCGAUCUCCGCCGCCUCAUACUGACCCUCCCGAGUCUGGUGUGGAUCCGGCUGGGGGAGAAUCAGUUCAGUGAGACCGGGAUGAAGGAACUGAGAUCUCUACAGGGAGUCAGACCCGGACUGAGAGUGGAUCUGUGAACAUCUGAAUGUGGUGAAUCGGUUCAGUGAGACCGGGAUGAAGGAACUGAGAUAUCUACAGGAACCCAGACCCGGACUGAGAGUGGAUCUGUGAACAUCUGAAUGUGGGGAAUCGGUUCAGUGAGACCGGGAUGAAGGAACUGAGAUCUCUACAGGAACCCAGACCCGGACUGAGAGUGGAUCUGUGAACAUCUGAAUGUGGGGAAUCGGUUCAGUGAGACCGGGGAGAAGGAACUGAGACCUCUACAGGGAGUCAGACCCGGACUGAGAGUGGAUCUGUGAACAUCUGAAUGUGGUGAAUCGGUUCAGUGAGACCGGGAUGAAGGAACUGAGAUCUAUACAGGAACCCAGACCCGGACUGAGAGUGGAUCUGUGAACAUCUGAAUGUGGUGAAUCGGUUCAGUGAGACCAGGGAGAAGGAACUGAGAUCUCUACAGGGAGUCAGACCCGGACUGAGAGUGGAUCUGUGAACAUCUGAAUGUGGUGAAUCGGUUCAGUGGGACCGGGAUGAAGGAACUGAGAUCUCUGCAGGGAGUCAGACCCAGACUGAGAGUGGAUCUGUGAACAUCUGAAUGUGGUGAAUCGGUUCAGUGGGACCGGGAUGAAGGAACUGAGAUCUCUGCAGGGAGUCAGACCCGGACUGAGAGUGGAUCUGUGAACAUCUGAAUGUGGUGAAUCGGUUCAGUGAGACCGCGAUGAAGGAACUGAGAUCUCUACAGGAACCCAGACCCGGACUGAGAGUGGAUCUGUGAACAUCUGAAUGUGGUGAAUCGGUUCAGUGAGACCGGGAUGAAGGAACUGAGAUCUCUGCAGGAACCCAGACCCGGACUGAGAGUGGAUCUGUGGACAUCUGAAUGUGGGGAAUCGGUUCAGUGAGACCGGGAUGAAGGAACUGAGAUCUCUGCAGGAACCCAGACCCGGGCUGAUGGUGGAUCUGUGAACAUCUGAAUGUGGAGAAUCGGUUCAGUGAGACCGGGAUGAAGGAACUGAGAUCUCUACAGGAAACCAGACCCGGGCUGAUGGUGGAUCUGUGAACAUCUGAAUGUGGUGAAUCGGUUCAGUGAGACCAGGAUGAAGGAACUGAGAUCUCUACAGGAACCCAGACCCGGACUGAGAGUGGAUCUGUGAACAUCUGAAUGUGGUGAAUCGGUUCAGUGAGACCGGGGAGAAGGAACUGAGAUCUCUACAGGAACCCAGACCCGGACUGAGAGUGGAUCUGUGAACAUCUGAAUGUGGGGAAUCGGUUCAGUGAGACCGGGAUGAAGGAACUGAGAUCUCUACAGGAACCCAGACCCGGACUGAGAGUGACCGUGUGAACAUCUGAAUGUGUGAACAUCCCCGCCCGCGGGAUGGAGCCGACUCCCCGCCCUCCCCUUUAACUACCCCUCCCCUUUAACACUCCGCCCUCCCCUUUAACUACCCCUCACACUCCCCUUUAACUACCCCUCCCCCUCCCCUUUAACUCACCCCUCCCCUUUAACUCCCGCCCUUACCUUUAAUGGCCACGCGCCGGGGCAGAUUCCCAACGGUUUUAACGGAACCGGCUCCGGUCUCGAGCUCGGUGAUCUCGGAAGCGCUCCCGCCGUGACGUAUUUCCGCCCGCUGUCCGGCGGCGCCACUUCCGCCGGAUGUGCGGGUCCGAGACUCUCCCUCCCGCGUGACACCCCAGGGAAUUACCCGGACAGGAGGAGCCCGGGGUGUCGGGGCUCAGUCUGGGACACCGGUGUCCCGGGAGAGAAUCCUUUUGCCCCCUCUGCUGAGGACGGGGCAUUCGGCUGUCUGGCCGAUAUAAUGGUGUUAAAUUGACAAAUACCUCGGCAAUGACCUUGGAUCCGCAGUGAUCCCGGACACGGCCCCGGAGUGUGAUUGGAUGCAGAGUGACGGGGAGGAACGGGACUGAUUAAUCUACCGGUCAUUUAAUUGUGAGUGACUGUGAGCGAGGACGGUGCAUUCGGCUGUCUGGCCGAUAUAAUGAUGUUAAAUUGACAAAUACCUCGGCAAUGACCUUGGAUCCGCAGCGAUCCCGGACACGGCCCCGGAGUGUGAUUGGAUGCAGAGUGACGGGGAGGGACGGGACUGAUUAAUCUACCGGUCACCCGUUGUCGCCGGUCAGUUAAUUGUGAGUGACUGUGAGCGAGGACGGGGCAUUCGGCUGUCUGGCCGAUAUAAUGGUGUUAAAUUGACAAAUACCUCGGUAAUGACCCUGGAUCCGCAGCGAUCCCGGACACGGCCCCGGAGUGUGAUUGGAUGCAGAGUGACGGGGAGGAACGGCACUGAUUAAUCUACCGGUCACCCGUUGUCGCCGGUCAGUUAAUUGUGAGUGACUGUGAGCGAGGACGGGGCAUUCGGCUGUCCGGCCGAUAUAAUGGUGUUAAAUUGACAAAUACCUCGGCAAUGACCUUGGAUCCGCAGCGAUCCCGGACACGGCCCCGGAGUGUGAUUGGAUGCAGAGUGACGGGGAGGAACGGGACUGAUUAAUCUACCGGUCACCCGUUGUCGCCGGUCAGUUAAUUGUGAGUGACUGUGAGUGAGGACGGUGCAUUCGGCUGUCUGGCCUAUAUAAUGGUGUUAAAUUGACAAAUACCUCGGCAAUGACCCUGGAUCCGCAGCGAUCCCGGACACGGCCCCGGAGUGUGAUUGGAUGCAGAGUGACGGGGAGGAACGGGACUGAUUAACCUACCGGUCACCCGUUGUCGCCGGUCAGUUAAUUGUGAGUGACUGUGAGUGAGUCGGGAACAGUGUGUCGACCCACUUUCUGCACAGGCGCACCGGCUCACAAAUACCCAGGGAGUAAAUGCCAGCACCGCGAAGUUUGAAUAAACUAGUCUGGAACAGACUGACCGACUGCGUGUCGUUGUCUCUAACUCUGUAUGUAGUACAUCGCUACAACAGCUUAUUUACUCCCGCAAGACAGCAGCUCACAUACUGUUUAAUUUGCAUUUAUCAUGAUGAAAUCAAUAAACCGCUGUAACUUCC